AUGGUUCGUUUUGUUGUGGCUCAAUUGUACAAUGGAAUCAUUGGUAACAAUGAAAAAGAUUAUAUCACCGUAUUUUUGCUCACUGUCAUUACGGAUAUUCUAAUUUAUAUAAUUAUACGACAUAAACAUACACUGAUUGAUAAGAAAGAUCUAUUUUGUCAUGUAUUCUUCUUUAAUUCAACAUCAUUUAUAUCUUUUAUUGCUCUAUCUCGAUCAUUAUCACAUGCAUGGAUAACAUUUCUUCUAGUUACAAUGAAAGUAUUUUAUUUAUAUCAAAUGGAUUUUUUCAUGAUAAUAGUUGCUGCUUUUGGUAUGCUUGUUUCCUUUCAUGAUCAAACAUUAUUAUUCAUCAUCAUGUGUUGGCCACUGUUUAUUCAACGAUGGAUUCUAUUUAGCAAAAAUGAAAAACAUGAAGAACAAAGGAAAAAAUUAAUAAAUUGUAGUAUGUUAAUUAUUUUGAGUAUAUAUGCAUAUAUUCAUAGCAAACCAAUAAUAAUAACUACUUGGAUUUUACCACCAUGGAUGUUGUACUAUGAUCUACUUUUUACUUUAUAUGUAUUAAAUUUACCAAUAAAACUAACAGAGUUUCUCUUUGAAAUCAUUUUUAUGUCCUUAUCAAUUUUAUUUUCAUUUCAACGAGAUCUUUAG